GGCACCGCUGUGUGUGGAACAGCCCACUCAGCGUGGACCGCUGCCCCGGGCCGCGUCAUUCCCGCUCACGUCGCUGUCGUGCGAGGACCUCGUCACCGUCUUCCUCCGAUGCCCCUUGUCAUCUUUUCGCAGGAGUUUUCUCACUUUUUUCUUCUUUUUACAGGUUGGCUCGCAUCGCCCCCUUGCGUGAUAUCCCGGCACUGAAGAAAUUUGAUUUGAGCAAACCACAGGAAAUCCUAUUUGACUGCAUCAAAGGAAACACUUUCAUGCCACAAUUGAACACUUUUUUUUUUUUUCAUUUUUUAUACAUAGAGGAAAACAAUGCAUCAUCAGAGGACUCUAAGACCCCACGUCUGAGGAUUUAAUUUUCGGAACUUUAUCAAAAAAAGGCUUGAAGUAAAGCAAGAGACCGGCAACAUGGCAACAGAUUCUUUCCACGCUGCUUACGCUGCAGCAGCUCCAUCGGAUAUGGGCAUGUCCCCCUCGACAGGAAACCUGCUUCGGAUGUUUCGGGAGUACCAGAGUAAUGCGGUCAUCCUUGAGCACUACAACUUCACAGGCAAGCUGAAGGAGAACAAAUACAAGGAAGGACUCAAGCCAGAGGCCAUUGCCUUUCUGUUGGUCUGCCUGCUUAUUGUUCUGGAAAAUGCAGUGGUGCUUGUGGCCAUCUGGAAGAACAAAAAGUUCCAUCUUCCCAUGUACUAUUUAUUGGGCAACCUGACUCUCUCCGACCUGUUGGCAGGUUUCACCUACAUGGUGAACCUCAUGACAUCUGGUGCCAACACAUUAAACAUGACCCCUGUGUUGUGGUUCCUAAGGGAAGGGGGGGUGUUCAUCAUGCUGGCAGCGUCAGUCAUCAGUCUCCUGGCCAUCGCUAUCGAGCGCCACGUUACCAUGGUGAGGAUGAAGCCUUACCAGGGCGACAAGCAAGGCCGAAUGUUCGCUCUGAUCGGAGCGAGCUGGGUGCUGUCCGUGCUGCUGGGUGUCUUGCCUGUUCUCGGUUGGAACUGUAUUGGCCGGCUGGACCAGUGCUCCACUGUCCUGCCGCUCUACGCCAAGAGUUACAUCCUCUUCUGCGUCACCGUCUUCAUCGCCAUCCUCAUGUCCAUCGUGGUACUCUACGUGCGCAUCUUUCGCAUUGUUAAGUCCAACACCCAGCGUCUCGGCUCAGGCCCGCUGAGAAAAGGCCUGUGCCGUAAGUCCCAGAAGUACAUGGCCCUGCUAAAGACUGUCAUCAUCGUGCUGGGAGUUUUUAUCAUUUGCUGGCUGCCCCUCUUCAUCCUCCUGUUGCUAGACUUCUUCUGCCUGACCAAACGCUGCCAAGUGCUCUUCAAGGCGGACUAUUUCCUGGGCAUUGCCAUGUUCAACUCCCUUCUCAAUCCCAUCAUCUACACACUGACCAGCAAGGACAUGAGGAAGGCCAUCCUCAGGCUGCUCUGCAGUCGUUGUCUUUUAACCAAAGACGGACAAGUGAAGAAGAUCGGGGUGCCCUUCCUGGAGUGCAGCACCAGUAAGACGGAUGCUGCUUCUCACAGACUGGAGGGACUGGAGACCACUGUCUCUUCUGGAAAUUUUACACCUUCUACGAUAAAAGCUAUCUUCCCUAAACUAUCCAAGACAUGACACUCGGUUGACAUGAGAGCACUUGGGAUGAGAGCAAGCAUUAGAAGAAACAUGACCACUGACUGAGGCAGGAUGCACGUUUUUCAAACUGAACCACGUGUGAUUGAAUGAGACAAAUGCGUAUGUCAGGAGUUACAAGAAGAAUGGUGUUGCACUCAGCCUUUCUGGUAUUAGUCGUUUAUGAAUGUGAUAGUGAGGUUACAAUUGGUUAAACAUACCUUUGCGUACCUUCAUUUUUUGUAACUAAUCUCUUACUGUAUGUAGCUGCGCCAUCCAUGCCUCCAUAGGUGAUGGUCAAUUCAUCCAUCCAUUUUCUGUACCGCUUUUCCUCACGAGGGUCGCGGGCUUGCUGGAGCCUAUCCCAGCUAUCUUCGGGCGAGAGGAUAGCACCCUGAACUGGUCGCCAGCCAAUCGCAGGGCACAUAUAAACCAACAUAUUUACAAAAAUAGCAUUCAAAUUGUCUAUUGUACAGCUCAGCUCAUCACAGUAUAGUUUGGAACGAUAAACUCUGUGGGUGUGUGUUGGCCAAAUGGCAAUAGCGGUAUUAGCUGUGUUAAUAGUGUGACAUCCUGUCAGCACAAAACAUUGUAACUUGCCACUGAAUUAAAGAACAGACACAGCAAACAUGACAGCAAUAGAGGACACCUCACAUUUCCUGUUCUUUUAUAAAAACACGUGACUCUAUUAGGAGAAGAAUAGUUCACAAAAGGUAAAUUGUGUUCUUCCUUUUCCAAUCGUUUUGUCACAUGAAUGAUAAACAGACUUCAGUGCCUAGCUCUCCUUUUGGCACCAUACCCUGACAGAGGGAAAAUGUGACCAGUACAAAUCAGUUAUUUCUGUCUCAAAACCCUUGACAGUGGAAAUGUAAUACCAUUGUAAGCAACUUUAAUGCUUCAGAAAGGUCCUUCAGCCUUCACAAGGCCAGUGUUAAGCAACUUUCUGGGGGAAUGCCAUUACAUCUCACCACUGUUUACUUUUGCACAAAAACUGAAAUGGAAGAGUUCAACUUUGUGCAGAUGUUUCACAUAAAUUACAGCCAAUUAUGCUGUCCAUCCAAAAGAGUGUAACCAAAGCCAGAGCAUGAGAUUUACCCAUAUCUCCGCUCCCUGUGUAGCAGAUAAUGAUAUGUUGUUGCUAACAUGGCGCAUCCACACCCAACCUCUGUAGCCAAAAAACAUGUAAUUUCUGCCAUCUGAGUUUUGUUCAGGAGAAAUGCAGGGUAGAGCCCCCCCCCCGCCACAGCCAACAUCAGAGACUCUGAAACACACAGAAGACGUCAUAUGGUUCUCUUGGUUGGGUUUCAGCUUUUAACGUAUAGCGAUGGAUGAUGCAUGGGUGAAAGGAAUUAAGCUAGUCAUAGGUUUCUUUAAUGUACUCGAAUGGGACGACAGAAUCCUGUGGCUUGAGAGAAGCCUUCAGAACUUUGUUUGUGGACAAAGUUGAAGUUGGCGUUGCAUGAUUUGGAUGGUCUUUUUUUCCCCCUGCAAAAGGACAUAAUGUCCAACACAGCAAACCGCAGGCCGCACUGUUAACGUUCAGAUACAUUUCAUUGUAGCAACAGAAAAAAAAAGGGGAACAUUUUCUUGAUCAUGUAUAUACGUAAGUGUAAAUAGAAAACAUUUUGUGGUUUUCCAAUGUCUAUUUUGUAAAUAUCUAUGUUUAUCAGAACUGUUUUUAAUGUAAAAUUAUUAAGUUAUGUCAAUUUUUGUGUGUGCACUGAAUAAACUAUUUGUAUUGACAUUUGCACGUUG